AUGGUUAAAGCUUUGAAAAAUUACAUUGUUGAAACAAAACAAAAAAGUGGUUCUAGUAACAAAUUAUGUUACUGCAAAGCUUGCUUUAUUAAACUUGGUGAAAACAGCAAUGAAUUAAAAACAAUAGUAGAUAAAACUGAACAUAUAAUUCAACAUUUUAAUGAUUGUCAAAAUUUUCAUGUUGUGUAUAGCCAAGAAGAAAAACUUAAAAUACUAGCUCUUGGAUCAAAUUCUACUUCGUCUCAAUCAUCUAAUUAUGGUCCUUUAGAUAAUUUUGUUGCCAGACCUUUAUCUAAAGCAGAUAAUGAAGUUUUUCAUAAACUUAUAUUAAAAGCCACUAUUUCUUGUGGUUUUCCAUUAUCUUGGGUGAAUAAUCAAGAAACAACAGAAUUAUUUAAAUUUCUCAACCCACAUAUCAAACUACCAGAUAGAAAAACCCUUUCCACUAAACUAUUGAAUGAUGCAGUUAAAGAAUAUGAUAAUGUCAUGUUAGAAAAAUUAAGAUUAGAUCAAAUAGGUGUCACACUUAUGUUUGAUGGAUGGACGAAUGUUAGGCAACAAGAAUUAAUGGGAUGUGUUCUUUUGAUGUCAGAUGGAGAACCAUGUGUAUGGCAAGCUAUGGAUAUCAGUAGUGAACGUGAUACAAUGUUUGAAGUUAUGACUAAAACUGAAGAAUUAAUUUCCAAAUUAAUAGAUAUGAAAAUAACAUUGUUAUCAAUAGUAACUGAUAGUGCACCUUCCUAUAAUGCAUCAAGGCAAUUCAAAAAUACAUCAGGCAAUGCCUUAAAAGUGUCAGCCUAUUUUAAAGAUGCUAGACAUAAAUAUUUCAUUGGCCAACUUCGUGAUAUUCAAAAAGAACUUUAUAGCAAAUAUAUUCAACUUGCACUUCCAUGUAAUACCAGGUGGAACAGUCAACAUAAUUGCUUUAAAAGUUUAAUUGCUACUAAAAAUGCUUUACGUUCUUUGGCAAUAAAAUUUGAUCCUUCUUCAUCAACGAAUACAUUGAAAAUUUCACAUGAAAUGUAUUGUAUUAUAAUGAAUGAAUCUUUUUGGGACGAACUUUUAAAAUUGGAUCAAAUUUUGAUUCCUUAUUGCAAUAUUUUGAAUAAACUACAAAGUGACAAGGCAAGAUUAUAUGAAGUUUUACAUUGUUAUGCAUAUUUGUAUCAAUUUUGGAAAAGUUAUUCUGAUGAACUCUUGGCCAGUAGAAUAUUAUCAAGAUUGGAAAAUAGAUGGAGUUUAUGGGAACAACCUCUUCUCAUUCUUUCUUGGCUUCUUCAUCCUGUUUACAAAUCAAACUAUUUCACUUCUGCUUCUAUAUCAAAAAUAAAACCUAAAACUAUUCUUAAUGAAUUUUAUGAUUUUUCACAAGGAAGAAAAUAUCCUUUUGAUAAUGCCUCCAUUGAUCAGUUUGAAAAUAAUAUUCACAAAUAUUGGUGCUGGGUUCAGGAUGCCUAUCCAGAAAUUGGAAUUGUUGCAGCACGUAUUUUUGGUAUUUGUAUUAAUGCAGCUUCAGUAGAACGACUGUGGAGUAGUAUGGGAUUUUUUCAUUCAAAAAAUCGAAAUAGAUUGGAGUUCACUAGAGUCUUAGAAAUGGCAAAAUUGAAGGCUGGCAUUACAUAUAAUCGACUUCUUCAACAAGAACUUUCUUUAUCAAAUAAAGAAAUAAAUUUAGAAGAACAGAAUAGCAUUGAAAGAGAAAUGAUAUUGGAAGCCGAAUCUUCAAAUGUAAAUACUAACUUAAAUGAAGAAAGUUAUUUGGGUGAACAAAAUGAUGAACAGGAUAAUAAUAGUUUAGAAGCAGAUGUAAUUGCACAGUUUAAUAAUAAUUUGGGUGAGUGGAUAGAAAUUCUUCAAGAAGAAGAAAAUGAAUCUCUAAAUGAGCUUAUAAACAUUGAAGAUGAUGAAUUUUAUAACUUAGAUGUUCAAAGUAUUGAUCAUCCAGCAACAAGCUCCGAUGGGAAAUGGAAAUUGGAAGUUAUAUUAAAAAACGAUAUACAUUGUGAGGAUGAACGUGACAAAAAUUCUCGUGGAUUCAACAAAAAAUCUUAUGGGUUCAAGUCACCAUCUUCUAACCCUCGAAAUGACGAAGAUGAGUUCAAGACACUACCUCCUAAACCUCAAGAUGAUGAUAAAGAUUCACUUUCUCUUACUCCAAACAAGCGAAAGAUGAGUGAUAAAAAGGUCAUUCAGUAUCUUAGUGCAAUGAAGCAAUCAUUGGAAGCCAAUAAAUGUUUAAGCAUCUUUGUAAUCGUGUUACAGAACUCUGGAGAUAAUUUCAAGUCUAAAAUAAUGCAAAAAAUUGAAGAUAAUUUGAAGCCUAACCUUGUUCCUGAUUUUAGUUAUAAUAUGGUCGAUAUAUUUCCAAACUUGUCAAGGAAAAUCAGAGAACGAAAGUAUAUUAUUCAAAACAUUUCUUCUUUAUUCAAAUUUUACGAAGUCACGUUUGGAAACAUUUAUUUUGACUGGAUUGAAUCACACUCGCCGGCGUCAAAAUUAACAAAGUCGCCUACAAACUCUGGUAUUGUUAAGGUCGAUGCAAGAGGUGUCAGGUUAUUCGAUAAUAAGGAAAUUUUCCAUGUAGAAGUGUCAGGCCCGCCAUCACCACCAUCAGAUAAUAAUGCUGUUAACAAUACAAAAAAAUCUCUACAUACUGAUAUUUUAAACCUAAUUGCGAUCCUGCUUGAUCACCUCAGAGUUCCAGUAGAAAAUGCAACUGAAAUUAAAGUUUUUAAAUAUUGUAUGACACUAUACUCGCUCAACAUGCUAAAUGAUGGCACUUUCCUGACGUCUGAACUAUAUUCUACAUUGUUACCAUUUUCACUUGAUGCCAUAUCGAAGUACAAGGGAAUUCUUUAUCUGAUGGCAAUUUUUCAUGAAGAAAUCAUGAAACAAAUUUCAAUUAUGAAAAAUCUUGACCUAAUAGUCGAUCAUAAUGGAAGAAAUAUAGUUCGGGAUGUGUUAAAAAUUCCAAAGUCUUUGAAGGAUCUACUACUUGAGUAUGGAAAAUAA